AAAAGACCCAUCGAUGAUAUCUUCGAUAGCCGUGACUUUAUUUAUCCUGGAUUGGUAACCAAAGCAAGGCGUCAGGAAUGCCCACUGUCCUCACCCUAGCUGGGCUGUUUCUGGUCGUAUCGGUCCCGAGCUCCAGGGGUGACGCCGAGCUGAAGUUCCUGGGACAGACCCACUUCGUGGUGGACGAGAGCAGCCGAAAGCUGGUCCGGCUGGUGGUGGGGAGAACAGGAGACCCGAUGAACGUGACGGCGCUGGUUCUGCUGGUUGGAGAGGACACGGAGGACUUUGAGGGAACAACAGGAGCUGCCUUCCUCCAGUCCUCGGAGACCAACAAGACCGUCUUCAUCACCGUGCUUGAUGAUGACCUGCCUGAGGCGGACGAGACCUUCACGUUCUCCCUCAGCCUACAGAAUCCCUCCUAUGGGGUGACCGUGGGGACCCCCAACACUGCCACUAUCACCAUCCUGUCCAAUGACAACGCCUUCGGAAUCAUUUCCUUCAACUCCAGCUCCCUGAUCACUGUGAGUGAGCCCAGGGACGGGAGUCAGUAUGUGCCUCUCAGCCUGGUCCGGGAAAAGGGCACCUAUGGAACUGUGUCAGUAAACUUCGAGAUUGUGGGAGGGCCGAAUCCAGCCAAUGAGGACUUCAGGCCAGACAAGGGGAACAUCACAAUUCCACCAGGUCGUGCUGUGGUAGACUUCAGCAUUCUGAUACAAGAUGACAAGCUGCCCGAGGACGAUGAGUAUUUCACCGUCCGGCUUGCGGGCGUGGCAGGCGGCGCCCUGAUCAACCCCAACCGCAGCAGCAUCCAGAUCAAGAUCAACCGCAACGACAGCCCCCUGCGCUUCGCCCAGACCACGUUUGUGGUCUCCGAGGAGACGGGCGUGGUCAACAUCACCGUGACCCGGGGGCGCGACGAGGACGGCCGGCCGAUCGGCUCGGACGACUCCGAGGUCUCCAUCAACUACGCGGUCGUCAGCGGCAACGGCUCGGCCAGCGCCACGCCGGGCCUGGACUUCCGCGACCUGCGGGCCAACAGCACGCUGGUGUUCCCUCCACACGUCUACGAGGCCCAGCUGAGGUUCGAGAUCCUGGAUGACGCGGACCCCGAAAUCGCCGAGUCCUUCCAGGUGGUGCUGCUAGAGGAGUCGCUGAGAGGGGACGGGGUGCUGCUGCCCCCAGCCGUGGCCCAGGUCACCAUCGAACCCAACGACAAACCGCACGGGGUCCUGUCCAUCAGCAGUGGCCUUCUCACCCACACCGUCAUCAUCGAUGAAGACUCUACGCUCCGGUUCGAAGGCAUCACCAUCGUGAGGAACGGCGGUACCUAUGGCAACGUGUCGGUGGAAUGGGAGAUAACGCGGAACGGCACAGUCAGCUCCCCUGUGUCUGACGACCUAACCCCGGCUUUGGGAACGCUGCUGUUCGACGUCGGUCAGAUGACUGCUGCCGUUCCGCUGAACGUCACGGACGACACUGUGCCGGAGGAGGCCGAAUCCUUCAUCUUCCGGCUGCUGCCCAAGACCGCGACGGGCGAAGCUGAGGUGGACGAGCCAAUGGAGAUGGUGUUCUACCUCCAGGACAGCGACGAUGUGUACGGGCUGUUCCGGUUCCACCCGGGCGAGGAUCAGCGGAUCCAGAGCGAGCCGUCCGGCCGCUUCCUGUCCCUCAGCUUCCUGCGGGAGGGCGGCACCCUGGGCGAGGUUUGGCUGGGCUUCACCGUCCUCUACAUCCCCGCAGGGCCCGUGGAGCCCCCCCGCGCCUGGGACGGGGUUCUGAACGGGACCCGCGCCAACAGCGUGGUCUUCGCCGACGGACAGGCCCAGGCCCGCCUCACGCUGCCCAUCCGGAACGACGCCUUCCUCCAGAACGGGGCGCACUUCCUCAUCCUGCUGGAAAACGUUAAACUGGUCAGCAUCCACACCCCCAUUCCGUCUGUCAGUCCCAGAUUUGGGGGGAACCUCAACAUCUCCCUCAGGGUCACUCCAGACAUCGCCAAUGGGGAGAUCGGCUUCACAAAGAACCAGACUGUGGUGGUGCGUGAGCCGGACGAAAACAGCACCAACCUGAUUACUCUCUGGCUACGCCGGGACGGCACGGACGGGCAGGCGGUGGUGUUCUGGAGGCUGCAGCCUGUGGGCUUCAACCGGGAGGAUGUUACCCUCGAUGACCUAGGGCCCUUCAGCGGGUCUGUCACGUUCCUGUCCGGACAGAGCGACGCUUCCAUAAACAUCACCGUGGAAGCGGACGACAUCCCGGAGAUCAAUGAGACGGUCCUCAUCACUCUGGACAGCACCAAUGUGGAAAACCAGAUCCUGAAACCCGGGUUCACCAGUCGGGAGAUCGUCAUCUUGGAGAACGAUGACCCAGGAGGGGUUUUUGAGUUCUCCCCCCGCUCCAGGGGACCUUGGAUAAUCAAUGAGGGCGAGACGGUGGAGCUGAGGGUGGUUCGGUCGCAGGGCCAGCUGCUCAGUCAGCUGGUCCGCUACACGGCCAUGCCCGCGGGCAACACCGAGUUCUACGGCGCCACCGGAGUGAUGGAGUUCGCACCGGGCGAACGGGAGGUGGUGGUGGCUCUGGUGGCCAAGACUGACGGAGUGCCUGAGCUGGACAAGACGUUUUCGGUGGUCCUCAGCAGCUACAGCACGCCGCCCAGCACUCUGGGUUCAGCCAGGGAGGUCAACAUCACAGUUCUGAAAAACGACGAGCCUUUUGGGGUCAUCGAGUUCAUCCGACCUGGCCUGGCUGAGGCCAUUAAUGAGAGCAAAGGGCUCGACUCCCACUCAGCCUCGUACCCCAUUGUGAGGAACAGGGGUCGUUUUGGGGAAGUGUCUGUUUUCUGGGUUCUGGAGCCCCGUCUUUCUGGAGAUGUGUCCCCAGUUCAGGGCUUCAUUGUCUUUGGAGAGGGGGAGUAUGUGAAAAAUCUCACUGUCUUCUCUGUCGGCGAUGAGAUACCAGAAGACAAUGAAGAUUUCACAAUCACACUUCUCAAUGCUACUGGGGGUGCAAAGCUUGGAAAUGAAUUGAAUGCGAGCCUUCAGAUUCGGAAGAACGAUAACCCCAUUUCCUUUGCCGAACCCGUGGUCGUCAGGGUGAUAGAAGGAGGUGUGGCCAACUUCACAGUUCUGAGAGCUGGGCCAGCUGAUUUUGUCGCCACGGUGAUGUAUCAGAUCUCCAAUGGCGACACGUCACCCGGCGACGUCGUGCCUCUGAGCAACGACACCACUCUGGUCUUCGGCAUUGGAGAAUGGAUGAAGAACAUCUCCGUGACAACAGCGGAAGAUGACAUACCUGAAACGGACGAACCGUUUUACAUCGUUCUGUAUAACGCCACAGGUGAUGCGGUGGUGUACGGAGCAGACACGGCCACCGUGGUGAUCGAGGCCAACGAUGAUGCCAACGGGAUCUUCUCUCUGGAGCCGGUGGCCCGGGUGGUGGAGGAAGGGAAGCCUACCAACUUCUAUGUGGUGAGAGACAGAGGGCCCUUUGGCGAAGUCACCAUUUACUGGCAGCUGUUUGUCAAUGACACUGCUCUGAAGCUGGGCCUAGAGUUCGUCAACACGACCGGCACCAUCGUCUUUGCCGACAGGGAAGUGACCAAGCCCAUCGUCCUGGAGGCCAUCUCCGACAAAAUCCCAGAGUUCAACGAGGUCUACACUCUCAGGCUGAUGAAUGUGUCGGGGGGCUACCCCGGGGAGGGUGGGCGUCUGGCCGAGACCAACCUCAACGUGUCCAUCCUGGUCCCCUUCAACGACGACCCCUUCGGAGUGUUCGCUAUUGCGCCCGAGAGCCUGGACCGCGAGGUGGCGGAGGACGUGCUGUCCGAGGAGGACAUGUCGGAUGUGACCAGCUUCACCGUUCUCCGGGAGCAGGGCACCUUCGGGACGGUGCGCGUGGGCUGGGAGAUCCUGUCCGAGGCCUUCCCUUUCGGCCUGCCCCCCAUGGAAGACCUCAUCCUAAUGGCCUCCUUCCCCGUCGCCGUUGAACUCCGACCCCACGCCAGGAGGCACCACUCGGGCACCGACGCUCGCUUUUUCUCCGGGUUCCCCGGGGCCUUCGGCACCAUCGUCCCCGAAUUCCUCCCCACGGACCCCCAGGGCCUCACCAACCUCACCUUCUCGGCCUGGCUCAUGCCCCACCCGGACACGGACGGUUUCAUUAUCUCCAAGGGUGACGGCAACGGGACCUUUUACUACGGCGUUAAAGUCCAGACCAACGAGUCUCACGUCACGGUGAUGCUCCACUACAGCACUCCGGGAUCAAACCGCACGCAGGUGGCCAGGUCUACGGCCUCCAAGUUCGUGGAGGACAACGUUUGGGUGCAUGUGCUAUUUACCCUUGACGACGGGAUUAUCGAGUUUUUCCUGGACGGAAACCUCAUUCCGGGUGGAAUGAAGAGCCUGAAAGGGGAGGCCAUUACUGAUGGCCCGGGGCCGGUUCGGAUCGGGUCGGACCCAGAUGGAGAGGAGCGGUACACGGGCCUGCUACAGGACGUGCGGCUCUACUCCAGCAGGCUGAGCCGGGCCCAGAUCCGUGAGCUCCACGGCCAGCCGGCCAAAACGGACCUGCGCAAUGUGUCGGGCUACCUGGAGUACCGCCAGGGUGAGCGGCAGAAGUCGUUCGUGGUGGAGACACGGGACGACCGCGAGGAGGAGGGCGAGGAGCUGUUCCACCUGCAGCUGGUUUCGGCUCACGGUGGAGCCCGCCUGCCCGACCCCCGGCCCACCGCCACGCUCAGGGUCCUAAAGAGCGACAACGCCAAUGGGCUGUUUGGAUUUACGGGGCCCUGCAUCCCGAACACAUCUGAGGAGGGCUCCACCAUCUCCUGUGUGCUGGAGCGUUCCCGCGGGGCACUGGACUACGUGUAUGUGAACUACACCGUCACUCAGAUCCAUUCCCCCGGCUCCGACCCUCCCUCUCCCGCCCCGCCCCCGGACUUCGUCAACGCCACCGGCGCCCUGGUCUUCCAGCCCGGCCAGCGCUCAGAGGUCUUGAACUUGCUGGCCCUAGACGAUGACAUCCCUGAGGUAGCGGAGACGUUCCAGAUCAUUCUGGUGUCUGCUGAGUCUGGCGAUGGAAAGGCAGGCUCCACCCCUACCAGCGGAGCCAGCAUCGACCCAGACAACUCCGUCAACACCGUGACUAUCAAAGCCAGCGACCACCCUUACGGUCUGCUGGAGUUCUUGGUCACGUCCCUCCCGGACGGCAUCAUUCCUCCCGCUGUGGAGGAGGCCCGGGUCACUGUGGGUGAGGAGGACGGGGAGGUCCGUCUGCUGGUGGCACGAGCGCAAGGCCUUCUGGGAAGGGUCAUGGUGGGCUACAGAACUGUGCCCGUCACAGCCCUCAGCCCCGAGGACUACGAGGAAACGGAAGGUGUGCUGGACUUCCUGCCAGGAGAGCGACACAAAUAUAUUAGUGUGAACAUCGUCGACAACCCCAUUCCUGAGCUGGACAAGGUGUUCAGGGUGGAGCUUUACAACCCAGAGGGAGGAGUCGAUCAGCUCCUUAGGACUGAUGGCAGUGGCAGCGGCGAGAUUGACGCUGAGUUCUUCCUCCCGUCUUUUCACCAGCAUGCUAACCUGGGCAUCGCCUCGCACAUCACUGUGACCAUCGGCGCGUCCGACGAUGCCCACGGGGUCUUCCAGUUCAGCAGGGACUCCCUCACCGUCGCUGGGACAGAGCCAGAGGAAGGCCGCAGCACUGUCACCUUGCAGGUGGAGCGCUCUUUUGGAGCCUUGUCCAAUGUGACAGUGUUUUGGGAGGCCGACCCAGCCUCUGAGGAGGACCUUGUCGAGCGGACAGGAAACGUGUCAUUUGGCGUGGGACAGACCAAAGCCGACAUCGUCCUCCAGAUAGCAGAGGAUAACAUCCCCGAACUGGACAAAACCUUCAGUGUGGUGCUUUCCCGAGUGUCUCAUGGUCGCCUAGGCAACCGAACCAACGCCACGUUAACCGUUCUGGCCACUGACGACCCGUAUGGCCUCUUUCUGUUUUCGGAGGGGAGUCGCCCCGUCCGUGUGCCAGAGGCCGAUGCUGACGUCACCCUGACCAUCCAGAGGGAUAAGGGGCUGAUGGGAUCAGUGAGGGUGACCUACGGGACCCUGGCGGACAGUGACCCCCCACCAUUCGGCACUCCGGGAGUCGGCAGGGCAAGCGCAGGGAGUGACUUCAUUGCCCUGAUGGGCUCUGUGACAUUUGUAGCCAAUCAGAGUGAAGCCAACAUAACCCUAAGGGUGCUGGAUGACCAGGACCCAGAGAGAGCCGAGUCCAUCUUUGUAGAGCUCAUCAGCGUCCAUCUGAUCAAGGGAGUCCAGGACAGACCAAUUCCCGAGUCCCCCCGCCUUGGCUUUGGGAACGUCGCUGUGGCGCCGGUCAUCGUGGAGGCCAGCGAUGAUGCUUUCGGGGUCCUCCAGCUCUCCUCCACCGCCGUGAGCGUGGCCGAGCACUACGUGGGCCCCAUCAUCAACGUCACACGCAUCGGCGGGAUCUUCGCCGACGUGUCCGUCAAGUUCCGGGCUGUUCCCAUGACUGCCAGAGUCGGGGACGACUACAGCGUGGCUUCCUCAGACGUGGUGCUUCUGGAGGGAGAGAGCAGCAAACCAGUGCCCAUCUACGUCAUCAACGACAUCAUCCCUGAGCUGGAGGAGACUUUCCGCAUCGAACUGCUAAACCAGACCACAGGGGGCGCUAUGCUGGGGACACCCUCACAAGCCGUCAUCACCAUCCUGCCCUCCGAUGACCCCUUCGGCGCUUUUGUUUUUCAGGCAGUGCCAGUCACUAUUGAGGAGCCAGGUGUAAACUCCAUUGAGGUUAGAUUGCCCAUAGUUCGGAAUGCUGGAACAUUGGGUCAGGUGUCCGUGAGGUGGCAGGCGACCGUUAAUGGGCAGCCAGCUGUGGAUGACCUUCGACCUGUGUCCGGAGAGGUCAGCUUUGAUCCCGGAGAAACCAUCAAAACCCUGAGGGUGGAGGUUUUGGCAGAUGACAUUCCUGAGAUUGAGGAGGUCAUCCGCGUGGAACUGACUGGCGCUUCAAAUGGGGGCAACAUUGGACGUGAUCGCAGUGUGGACAUUAUUGUCCCCGCCAAUGACAACCCCUACGGAACUGUGUACUUCGAGCAGCCUGUUUACCACGUACAGGAGCCUUUGGAGGGGGUUUACACCGCCAACAUCACCAUCCGGAGGAGUGGAGGUCACUUUGGUCGUCUGGAGAUCCUGUACAGCUCGUCAGAGAUCGAUAUUGUCGGCAAUGCUCUGAAGGAGGGCCACAACCUCCUCUUAUACUUUGACCAACCGGUGAUGGCGGUACCCUCUGGCGCCCCCCGCAGGCCGGUGAACAUCACCGCCCAGAAACAGCCCCUAGUGGCCUGUGCUGCGUUCUGUCUCCGCGAGCGAGCCUGUCAGGCCUUCUCCUUCUCCAACGUCUCGGGCGUGGCCACCUGCGAUUGGGUGAACGAGGGUGCCGGCCAACUGGUCAACUCGCCACAGUUCCUCACCUACAUCAAAAACGUCACCGCCACCUCCUCCCUGUUCAGCUCCCAGGCCAUCGCUGGGUCUGACUACCUGCCGAUAACCAGUCAGACGACCACCAUGUUCAACGGGGCAGGAAUCGCCAACCUCACUGUGCUCAUCUUGACCGACUCGCUUCCAGAGAUGGAUGAGAGCUUCAAACUCUACAUCCUCAAGGUUGACUUGGUCAACGAGACUGUGUCUGACAAGAACCGGCCCACGAUAGGCCAGCCGGAUACAGCGGUUGUGACCAUUGGUAUGAACGGAGAUGCCUUUGGGGUGUUCCUGCUCUACAGCAUCAGCCCCAAUGCCACAGAGGAAGGCCUCUACCUGGAGGUGAGGGAGGAGCCUCGCACCUCCGUCCUGCUGGUCAUCGAGAGGAGGGGCGGCAGUCUGGGGCAGGUGACCGUCGAGUGGAGGUUUGUUGGUGGCACCGCCACGCCCAACCUGGAUUUCAACGGGACGGGAGAAACGCUCACCUUCUUGGAGGGGGACCUGAGGAAGACCAUUGAGCUCUUCAUUGUGGACGACGCCGAGCCGGAGGAUAACGAGACGUUGAAGAUCGGCCUGGUGAAGACGGAGGGGGGCAGCCGAAUCCUCCCCAACUUCGACACGGUCACCGUGGUGAUCCUCGCCAACGACCACGUGGCCGGCCUGGUGGGGUUCCAUGCGGCCUCCCGUUCUGUCAUCGCUCGAGAAGGAGAGCCCCUGCGGCUGGUGGUGGUGAGGACUGCUCCAGGGCGCGGGAACGUCACCGUGGACUGGAGGAUCAUGGGCCGUCGCGUGGCGCAGACGUUCGUGGAGACCUCCGGGGUGCUCUUCUUUACUGAGGGCAUGCUGAAUGACACCAUAGCCCUGCAGCUGUCAGAGGACGGGGCACCAGAGGACAAAGAGGAAUACACAGUUACCCUGUCUAAUAUCCGCACACAAGGUGUGAUAGUGACAGGCAUGGCGGCGCUGGACCUCCAGGGGCGGGAGUCGGUGGUGACGGUAGCGGCCAGCGACGAGCCGUUCGGCCUGCUGAGCAUCCCCCCCUCCUCCCUCAGGGUGUUCACAGAGGAGGGAAACCUCACCCUCACCGUCUUCGUCAACCGCGAGUUCGGCGCCUCAGGGGUGGUCAACAUCAGCUACGAAACAGUGCGAGGCUCACUGCAGGACCUGUCCCUGCUGGAAGGGGCCCUGGCUGACCCGGGGCAGGACUUUGUCCCCGUUUCGGGGUUCGUGCUGAUGCAGGAAGGGCAGACCUCCGUGGCCAUCUCCAUCACCGUCCUGGACGACGACGUCCCUGAACUGCAGGAGUUCUUCCUGGUCAACAUCACAUCAGCAGUUCUGGUCACAUCCCUCCUGCCCCCUCCUGAAUUAGAUACGCAGGGCCUCGUGGCGGAGAUCCGCAUCGACGCCAACGACGGCGUCAGAGGGAUCGUCGGCUGGCAGAGCACGGAUUUCGAGGUGAACGAGACGAUGGGGUCAUUGACGCUCGUGGCCUUCCGUGACGGGGGGACCUACGGGAAUGUCUCGCUCUUCUUCUACAGUCAGAACCUGGAGGCGCAGAUGGGCCUGGACUUCAACGCCACGUCUACGAUCCUGCACUUCACUCACGGAGAGACGCACAAGUUCGUCGAAGUGCAGAUACUGGACGACGACAUUCCCGAGGGGGAUGAGAAGUUCCAGCUCGUUCUGGCCAAUCCGUCGUUUGGCCUGGAGCUGGGGCAGAACACUACAGCGACGGUGACGAUCCUGACCAAUGACGACGGGCGUGGCGUGAUCUCGUUCAACAGCACGGAUCACUUCCUGCUCCAGGAGCCCACGUCCCUGUCGGGCCUGGCCCAGAGUGUGGCCACACUCUACGUGGUGCGUGACCCGGCCCAGGGCACGUUCGGCACCGUCAGCGUCCAGUUCCUCAUCACCGACGUCAACGGGACGCUCUCCUCCGGAGACCUGGUGCCCUCGCAGGGCUUCCUGGUCCUGGAGGACGGGGUGAGGUCAAAGGCCCUGGAGAUUUGGGCGGUUCUGGACGAAGAGCCGGAGAUGAACGAGACCUUCACUGUGACCCUGUCUGACCCCACGGGAGGGGCGCGACUAGGCCAGAACCUGCAGAUCAACAUAACAGUCCUCCAGAACCAGGCACCCCUUGGCCUCUUCCGAAUCUUCCCCUCUGAAAACAGGACGGACACGGUGACCGUAGAGGAGGGGAACAGGACCGUAUUUUUCACGGUUUCCCGCAGUAACGGCCUGGAGACUGCGGUCAGUGUCGAAUGGGAGACCCAGUCAGAUACAGCCUUCGGCAUGAAGGGAGACCUCCCAGUCCUUCCUGUGUACCAGAGAUUCCAGGACACCCUCACUGCUGAUUGGUGCGACCUGCCCAAUAGGGACCCACCCCUGGCCAUGAGACUGGAUAGGAGGCUCUCUACUGGCUCCGCCCACACCCUGGCCACCCUCUACAGGUGGCAGGGGGUCUUUGUGCCUCUGGAGUUUGUAAGCAUCCAGGACCCCAGGAAGUGCACGGGCUUCACCGCAAAUAGCUCCGUCCCCUACAUUGCCAUCUCUCACGGAGGUGUUCCCCAGUCCAGCGCCACCAAUGUCAGCUUGUUCCGCUUGCAGCCAGAUUUGAACCUCACACUGGAACAAACGUUGACUGUGGAAGCUCACGACAUCAAAUACUUCUCAGUGGGGAGUAAGGAUUAUUUGAUUGCAUCGAGCCAGGUCUUUGUCUGGGCAGAGGGCAGGUUCACACCCCACCAGAACCUGGGGCUCCAGGAGGUACGGAGCACGUCCUCAUUCCGCAGAGGGCGUGUCCCAUACCUGGCCGUGUGUCUGAGGAGAGCAAACGACAGCUGUCUGCUGUACCAGUGGACUAACGGACAGUUCCAGAACCCCCAGCCCCUCCCUGCCGACGGUCUGGUCGCACAAGUGGAGUCUUUCCUCAUGGGUGGCAGUGUCUACUUGCUGCUCGUGACUGAAGGGCCCAGGUCCAGCUGUGAAGUGCUGGUGUGGGGCCCCCGGCAGUCUUCCUUUGAGCACGCUCAGUCCAUCCCUCUCCCCGGCCUCCUGUCUGCCCACAGCUUCACCCCGCCCUCAGGGAUCACACACCUCUUCCUGGCUGGUGGUAAUGGAUCUGCGCUGUACUCCUGGGUGUCUGAGCUGAACCAGUUCUCCAUGGUGCUGGAGUCCCCUCCCGCCAGACAGUUCCUGUCUCUUCCUGUCACCGACCUCAACACCACAAGAAGCCUCAUCGCAGCCACGGCUGACUCAGACUCCACCAUCUACGAGCUGACAUCCGUCUCUAACCAGUCUGACUUCAUACCCAGCUCCAGCGAGCUGCGUUUCGAGCCCGGAGACGGCGAACUGGAGAUCGCGGUGACCGUCCUGGACGACAGCGUCCCUGAGGAGGAGGAGUUCUUCCAGGUCAGCCUGAAGAACCCGAAGGGUGGGGCAGAGAUCGGCUUCAACGGUCAUGUGACCGUGGUCAUCCCCCCCAACGAUGACGCCUACGGAGUCAUCGGCUUCACCCAGAAUUCCUUGUCGAAGGACGUUGAUGAGCUGGAAGAGGAUAACCUAAUUUCUCUGACCAUUGAGAGGAAGAGAGGGACGUUUGGGAGGCUUACAGUGCACUGGGUGGCCAAUGGGAGUCUGAACGAUAUCUUCCCCACGUCCGGAGUGGUGGCGUUCUCCGCCAGCCAAGCCCUGGCGGUCCUCUCGUUGACGGUGCUGGCGGACGAUGUCCCAGAGAUGGCGGAGAUGGUCACCAUCACCCUCUCUGACGUCUCCACCGUGGGGAUCGAGGAGGAGUGGAGGGGCGCCGUCAUCGACCCCCAGAGGGCCCACGCCCUGGUCACCAUCUUACCCAACGGAUCUCCCUAUGGAGUGAUAGGGUGGCACCUCAACUCCCAGAUCAUCCUGAUACAAGAACCUCAGAGAAGGCCCAGCAACAUCACGCUGACCAUCACGAGGGAGCAAGGCUUUGUGGGGGACAUAGUGGUCCACUACGUGACCAAGCCUGCCUUGUCCCGCCUCCCGGUUAACCAGGCCACCGAAAACCUGGACUACGAGCCGAAAGACGAGACGGUGGUGAUGAAGGAGGACGCCAGAACCGCCAUGGUUACCGUCACCCUCCUACCGGAUGACAACCCGGAGCUGGCAGAGAGCUUCCUGGUGAACAUCACGGAGGUGGAGGUUCUGGGCGGGGCGGUGGGGGCGGGGCAGCCCAGCGUGAGGAGGCCAGGUCUGGAGGUGGCCGAGGUUACCAUUCAGGAGAACGACGAUCCCAGAGGGGUCCUCCAGUUCAAUGUAUCCAAGGACCUGUCUGGAGAGGUGUUAGCCUAUGAGGUGCUCCCUCCCGACAACCUCUUCCAGUUACCCGUCGUAAGAUUGGCUGGCCGGAUUGGAACAGUGAUUGCCUUCUGGGAAGCCCAGCCUAUCCUGGCCAGUCUUCAGGACUUCACCCCAGCUUCAGGAAACGUGACAUUCCAAGAUGGACAGGGCGUGGCCGUCAUCGAGAUCACCAUUACUGAUGACGCUGAGGUGGAGUCCCUAGAGACGUUUAGCGUGGCUCUGAUUCGCGUUAUGGGCGGAGCCAGGUUAGGGAUGGAGAGCGAGGUGACCGUGCACAUCCCGCCUAACGACUCACCCCUGGGCCUGUUCGGGUUCGAGGAAGAGUCGGUUACUGUCACUGAGCCGGAGUUCAGCGAUGACCCAGCUGCCGUGGCGAUGCUGACGGUGGUCCGUAGCCCUGGCGGUUUCGGGCCUGUGACCCUCACGUGGGUCCUGGAGGACUCGGCCCGGGAUGACCUGACGCCUCUGAAUGGCACGCUGCUUUUCGGGGAGUUAGAGUCCAGGAAGAUUCUGAGCAUCCGUGCCCUGCUGGACGCCAUCUUAGAGGGAGACGAGCAUUUCACCGUCCAGCUGCUGUCCGUCAACAACGAAGCGGUCAUCGAUCCCAUCCAUGAUACGGCCUCCGUUGUGAUCCUGGGCGACCGCGGCGCCAUGGGAAUGGUCGCCAUAGCGGAGUCGUCCAGGAGCGUCCUGAUCGGGGAACCACAGGCCGGUUACAACGGGACAGCUCUGAUCAGCCUUGUGCGAGGUCCCGGGAUCUUCGGCGAGAUCCUGGUGUACUGGAACAUCACUCCUGCGGUGGACUCAGAGUUCGAGGAGACGUCUGGGGUGGUGACCAUGCGAGACAGGCAGUCUGCUGCCACCAUCAGGCUAAAGGUCCUGGAUGAUGACGUUCCGGAGGAACGCCGCGUUUACCAGCUGCUCCUGACUGAAGUGAGCGCCGGGGCGGACAUCAGCCCGUCCGCUCGCCAGGCCAACGUCACCAUGGCAGCCAGCGACUUCCCGUACGGCCUGUUCUCAUUCGCUCAGGCCUACCUGCGCGUGUCAGAGGAGGAGCGCACGGUUAACGUGACGGUGCAGCGCUCCAUGGGGUUGCUGGGCAGCGUGUGGCUGUUCUACGAGACGGUCAGCGGUGUGGCGGUCGGGGGCUCGGACUUCACCCACACCGCUGGCCGGCUGCUGUUCGGGCCGGGCGUGGCGGCCCGCAGCGUUUCCGUGGAGAUACUGGACGACAGUCUCCCUGAGGGGCCGGAGGAGUUCUACCUCAACAUCACCCACGUGGAGCUGCUGAAUGACAGUAACUGGGAUUUUGCGGUGAGGGAGCAGGGCUUGCGGCCCGAUCAGCCCCCCGAGGUCGGGAACAUCUCCUCCAUCAUCAUCCUCAUUCACAAGAGCGACAACGCUGAGGGCAUCCUGGAGUUCCAUCCCGACUACGUCAACAUCACCGUGGAGGAGGAGCAGGGAACCCUCUCCAUCCCUGUUCUGAGGAGAGGGGGUUCAUACGGAGAGGUCACUGCCGAUUACAUCUCCCGCGGCCUGACCGCGCUGCCCAACAUGGACUUCAUCCUUCCCAACGGAUCAGUCACGUUCCAACAGGGGCAGAACCUCAGCUACAUCAACGUCACCAUUAUAGAUGACCUGGACAGGGAAUACAGUGAGCUGUUCGAGAUCCAGCUCUCUGGAGCCACAGGGGGCGCUGUGCUCGGGGCUCACCUGGUCGCUCAGGUAACCAUCGCAAAGAGCGACUCCCCCAGCGGCGUGGUCCGCUUCCUCAACCGGAGCCUGACCAUCGAGAACCCCAACCGCACCCUGACCCUCACACUGGUGCUGGAGAGGGCCGGGGGUCUGGUGGGAGCAGCCACGAUAAAAUGGAGCAUUCUAGGUCCCAAUUCAGAGGAGCCUUUGCCCUCAGUGAACACAGACAUUGGUGAACCUGUGAAUGGAUCGUUCCAUUUCAGAGAUGGGGAGGGGGGACAGCGCACCAUUGAGCUGAGGAUUCUGGCCCACGGAGAGGUGGAAGUUGAAGAGACUUUCGUUGUCAUUCUCAGCCUCCUCUCUGGGGACACAGAUAUUGACCCGGAGGCUGGCAGGGUUACGCUCACGAUUGAGAAGUUUGGGGACCCGAACGGGAUAGUGCAGUUCAUUGAGAAGGACCUGAUAGAGCGGACCUACCCUGAGCCUGGUGACACAGACCCACCAAUCAACAUCUCACUGCGACUCACCCGCAGAGAGGGUGUCAUGGGCAACAUCACGGUCUUCUGGGUGAUCCUGAGUGACUCUGACACCGCCGGUGACUUUAUGUCCCUGCGCGGCUCUGUGGCGAUCCUGGCGGGUGAGCGGAACGCCGUGCUGAGGCUCCGCCUCCUGCCAGACAGCGUUCCGGAGCUGGAGGAACUCUACGAGGUCCGGCUAGCGGCCGUGGAGGGAGGGGCGGAGCUGGACGCCAACCGGAGCAGCGUGCGGAUCAGAGUCCCGGCCAACGACGAGCCGCACGGCGUCUUCGCUCUCUACCGCCACCUGCAGACCGUGACGGUCAGCUCCAGCGAUCGGAGCCGCCACUUCGCCCUCAACGUCACGCGGCUCGCCGGGGCUUUCGGGAACGUCUCCGUGGAGUACCGGAUCUCCUCCGACGUUCCGGGAUCCGGGCUGAACCAGGACUUCAUGGUGGACGCGGUGUUCGGGAACCUGCUGGUGAAGGACGGAGAGAGUUUCACCAGCGCCACAGUGCCAAUCAGCAGCCAGGUGUUUUUUGCCCCUGGCUUUAAUUUCUCCUUUGAGCUCAUGAAUGUGACCCUAAUUGGCCCCCUCCUCGGUACCCCCCCUCGAAUUCUCCCGGAGUCCAAGACCGUCUUUGUGACUGUCCCGGAAGAAGCUGCCAAUUCUGAGGUUGCCUUUGAUUCUCUGGCGUUGGAGAUCGCUGAUUUCGAGACUGGCCUCUGUGAGGCGCUGGUGUUCAGGAGGGGGUUAUACGGGGACGUGAGUGUGGAGUGGAGGGCAGGGUACCCCCCUGCCGAGGCCCCGGCUGGCUUCCAACAGGGACUUAUCACACCCAGCUCAGGAACGGUCAGACUGGCUCACGGGGAGAGGAACGGGACGGUGUCUCUCACGGUUACGUCGAGCGCGUCCGGUCACGUGGCGUACGCCGUCCACCUGACUGCAGCUCGAUCUGACGUCCCCGGGGGGGCUCGCCUCAGGCCCGGCUUCACGGUGGCGGAGGUGGAGCCCCUGGGCGUGUUCCAGUUCUCCUCCGAGUCCCGGCGGCUGCUGGUCGAGGAGGACGUGCAGACCGUCACGCUCUCCGUGCAGCGGCUGUUCGGUUUCCGUGCCAACCGCACACGCGUGACGUACGGCACGUGGGGGGGCAGCGCCCAGGGAGGCCAGGACUAUGUGCCCGUGCGGGACGGGGAGCUGCUCUUCCAGGCCCGCCAGUCCUCCGCCCCCCUCCGCCUCUCCAUCCUGGACGACUCCCUCCAGGAGCCGGACGAGACCUUCUACGUCAACCUGACGGGGGUGGAGGCGCUGGGCGGGGGCCCCUGGCCCGGGGCCCGUCCCCGCCUGGUCCCGGGGCUCGCCGUGGCCUCGGUCACCAUCCUGGCCAGCGAUGUGUCGGGCGGGCGGCUGAGCAUCGGGCCGGCGCUGGUGCGGGCGGUGGAGGACGGUCCGGAGGAGGACCGGAACAGGACCGUGGUGCUGAGGGUGCGGAGGACCGCGGGCCUCACCGGGGUGGUUCAGGUCCGGGUCCGGGCCUACGGGGAGGGGAGCGCGGGGGAGGCCUUCGCCCCGGGGCCUAACGCCUCCUGGGCCCUGGAGGGGCAGGACUUCCGGCUGGAGACGGGCCUGGUGACCCUGCGGGAGGGGCAGGACGGGGCCGACGUCAGCCUGCUCAUCCUGGACGACCUGGAGCCGGAGGGGCGCGAGGUGUUCUUCGUCUUCCUCGCCAACCCCGAGGGCGGGGCCGAGAUCGUGGGGGCGCCGGACGCGCACGGUUUCACUUCCUUUGCCAAAAUUAUCAUACUGGGAAGUGACUUUCACAACGGCAUUGUGGGAUUCAGCCUGAACUCGCUGAGUGGCCAGGUUCUCGAUGAGGACUCGGAAAACAGAACAGCCAUUCUGGUGGUACAGAGACAGGAGAACAGGGCCUUUGAGGACGUGGACGUGUUCUGGCGCGCCACGUUCAGCAGGAACGACACGUCUCUGACAGCUGGCGGCGUGGACCUGACCCAGGAGCUGGUUCUGACAUCAGGCUCCGCUCUCUGCCGCAGGGGAGAGGUGCUGUGCGCCUUCCACAUCGAGGUCCGACCCGACCAGGAGCCGGAGUUCCAGUCCUGGUUCCUGGUGGAGAUCUACCGGGUGGGGGAAGGGGCAUCCAUCAACGACAGCACCCGAUUCGCCAACGUGACGGUGCUGGAGAGCGAUGACCCGCGGGGGCUGGUGUUCUUCGCCGUGGGGUCGCGGUUGCCCGUGGCGACACAGAAGGCCACGCGCAUCAGCCUACAGGUGUACCGCGAGGCCAGCACGGGAACCGCCAUCUCUGUGCGCUACCGCAUGCAGGAGCUUCCGAAGGCCGAGCCGCUGGGUCCCUCAUUCAUCUGGCCGGCCGUAGCGGGGAUGGACUUCGUGUGGGCCGAGGGGGUCCUGACCUUUGACCUGGGGCAGAGGAGCGCGGGGCUGGACGUCGUCCUCACUCCCGGCACGGCCUCCUCCAACCCGCUGCCCAAGCGCUUCCAGGUUCUGCUGUCAGACGCCACCGGGGGCGCCAGAGUGCACCCCGAGUUUGGGGUGGCCAACGUUACCCUGGUUACGGACGGCGAGGCCCAGGCCCUGUGGGCCCUGCUGGACCAGCUCCACCAGCCGCUCGACCAGACCAUCAUCGACCGCGUCCUGCAGGGCUUUGUCAACAAGUUUGCGGUGGAGGUGUCCCUGGAGCAGCUGAGCGGUGUGCUGGAGGCACUGGGGCUGAUCCUGACAGAGGCAGAGAAGUUCCCCCUGGCAGCCAGCUCCAGAGCCCUGACCUUUGACCUCCUGUGUGCCAUGGCCAAUCCCAGCCGCGCUGACACCCGGGGCCUGAGCUCGCUGUCCCAGCUGGCCGAGCGCUUCGCCUUCGCCCUCACCACCGGCACGGGCUGCGGCGCUCCGGGUCAAAGGGGCCGCACCAUCCUGGACAGCUGUCCGUACCUCAGCAUCGCAGCCCACCACUGGCACCCCUCGCAGAUCAACGGCUACACCUACGCCGGGAAGAAUUCCGACUCCUUCCAGCUCCCCAUAGGACUCCUGGAGGUCCCCUCCCAAACCGGCCCCGAUGCCUGCCGCGUGGUGCAGUUCACUGAGUACAGCACCGAGCACUGGUUUCUCAGCAACGCCAAGCCUGUCGCCCUGAACAACAAGGUGUUUUCGGUGAGCCUGAAGGGUCGCGGCUCACGCCCCCUCCCGAACGGCGCCGAGGUGGUCUACCGCAUCCACACCCCGGACCCCCAAGCCAAGCCGCAGCAGUCCCUGUGCCUCCUCUGGAACCAGGCAGCGGAGAGGUGGCUGUCCGAUGGUCAGUUCUGCCGGGUCGUAGACGACAGUGAGGCCUUCGUGGAGUGUGCCUGCUCCCACCUGUCCAUCUACACGGCCUUCGCCCAAACCGAAGCCAUGUUCUCCUUCAACGAGGCCUUCUACGCCUCCAGCCUCAUCUGCAUCUUCGGGUUUGCGGCAGCCAUUUUGUCCCAUAUCGUCUGCUCCCGGUUCCCAAUGUUCUCUGCCAAACUCCUCGCCCACAUGAUGAUCGCCUGUCUGGGGACCCAGAUCUGCUUCCUGGUGUCGGCAUUCCGGGGCAGACUGCUGUCUGAGGAGAGCUGUGCCGCCCUGGGGCUCUUCUCACACUACUUCCACCUCAGCCAGUUCACCUGGAUGCUUCUGCAGGCGGUGAACUUCUGGCAGGUUCUGGUGAUGAACGACGAGCACACGGAGAGGCGCUACCUGCUCUACUUCCUGUUGAGCUGGGGUCUGCCCGCCCUCGUCAUCGUCAUCCUGGUCAUCGUCCUGCUCGGGGGCUACAACUGGAACAUCCACAGCGUCUACGGGCUGGUGAACGGAGAGUUGUGUUUCAUCCCGAACGUGUACAGUGCCCUCUGUACAGCCGCCCUGGUGCCACUCAUCUGCCUUGUGGGUGUGUUCGUGGUCUUCGUCCACGCCUACCAGGUCACGCAUCAAUGGAAGGCCUACGACGACGUCUUCAGGGGCCGGACUAACAGCUCAGAAGUGCCGAUGGUGCUGGUCCUCUUCGCCCUGGUAACCCUGGUCUGGCUGUGGGCGGGCCUUCACAUAGCCUACAGAUACCUGUGGACGUUCAUUCUCUUGGUCAUCUUCAACUUCCUGCUGGGCCUGUACGUGCUGGCUGUGUACGUCAUCAUGCACAACCAGGUCUGCUGGCCGGUGAAAGCCAGCUACACUGUGGAGAUGAACGGACACGGCAGCCUCGACUCCACCUUCCAGGCCGGGGCCGCGCCCACAGUGGGCGGGGAGAUCAGCAAGUCCACCCAGAACCUCAUCAGCGCCAUGGAGGAGGUCUCUGCAGAUUGGGAGCGGGCGUCUCUGAGACCUGGCAGUCAGCCCAGCAGUGUGUUUAAACAGGGCCCCCAAAACGGCACCGCCUACACCACCCAGGGGGGCUUCAUCAACACCACCCUGGUGGCCGACGAGGAAUCCCAAGAGUUCGAUGACCUCAUAUUUGCCUUAAAGACCGGGUCCGGCCUUAACGUCAGCGACACAGAGUCCAUCCAUGGCGGGAGCCAGGACGGGGGCAGCGUGGCCAACUCCCAGAUCGUAGAGCUGCGGAGAAUCCCCAUCGCUGACACACACCUCUAACCCCCUCCCGUUUUAUACCCAGAAACAACACCAACACACACGUCUAACCCCCUCCUGUUUUAUACCCAGAAACAACACCGACACACACGUCUAACCCCCUCCCGUUUUAUACCCAGAAACAACACCGACACACACGUCUAACCCCCUCCCGUUUUAUACCCAGAAACAACACCGACACACACCUCUAACCCCCUCCCGUUUUAUACCCAGAAACAACACCGACACCCACCUCUAACACCCUUCCGUUUUAUACCCAGAAACAACACCAACACACACGUCUAACCCCCUCCCGUUUUAUACCCAGAAACAACACCGACACACACGUCUAACCCCCUCCCGUUUUAUACCCAGAAACAACACCGACACACACGUCUAACGUCCUCCCCUUUUAUACCCAAAAACAACACCGACACACACCUCUAACCCCCUCCCGUUUUAUACCCAGAAACAACACCGACACCCACCUCUAACACCCUUCCGUUUUAUACCCAGAAACAACACCAACACACACGUCUAACCCCCUCCCGUUUUAUACCCAGAAACAACACCGACACACACGUCUAACGUCCUCCCCUUUUAUACCCAAAAACAAAUCAGUAUUUUUCUACUUCUACUGUUUUUGCACUAAAAAUGUGUUAUUGGAUAGUAAACUUGUUCCUUUUUUCAAGUAGUUCUUUGAUACCAUGAAACUUUGGUGGUGUUUGUACGGUUAUUGUUUUUUUUUAAAUAUAUAUAUUAUAUAUAUUACUAAAUUAAUUUGUGACAGUCCUUGAUGGAGAUUUUUUUUUUAUUUUGUUUUUUUGAAAAUGACUUAUCUUGACUGGAUGUAAAUAUUAUUAUGUAGAGUUUAUAGAAAACGAGCGAAAACGCU